UCGAGUUUCUCGCAUACAUUUUUCUUUUCUUCCUAUUUUUUUCUCUAUUUGUUACUUUGCUCGUCGAAACGUAAGUCUCUUUGAAACCGAUCGGCGACCCCCUGUGCCACCCACGAAGAGAGAGACAUAGAGAGAUCGAGAAACCGUAGAUACCCGGAGAGGGAUAACGGUAUUGGGACCGAACGAGUGUGGUUAACAGUUCAGUAGAGCGGUAAAAUGGACGCGCGCUUUAGAAGCAACCUCGACAUGAUCGGGCGCAACGAGCCCAUCACAAGGAAAGCCAAAUUCUGGCAGAGUUAUGUCCGAGCCUUAAAAGGUACCGACGACAUGAGGGCUCCCGAACACACGCACAGGCCCCGCAGCAUUUUCCGCUCGGAUUACCCUGAACUGUCCCCCUCGUGGCCCUUUGGAAAAUCUAUCUUUGAAAAUCCCCUUCACGCAGCCGAUCGCAUCAACGUUCCUGGAUACAGGUACCUGCCCGUCCACCGUGAGAUCUACGGUUACUCACCGAGGCAGAUCUACCCCCAUCAAUACAAACCUGUAGAACGCUUCACUCCCGCGAGACCGUUCGACCCUGAGAAAGCUUGGACCGAUCAUCUGAACCGCUUGGCAGACAUCGACAAAAUGUAUCCGAGCAAAACGCCUUUGCUGUCUCGGCAUAUAAGCCCUCCGCUCAGUACGAAACGACUGUUCGACAUCCACGGUAACUUGUUAUUCGAUAACGAUUUCUUACCGUCUUUCUCUACGUUGCUUCGAAAGAAGCCCUUGUUCGACCUUCUUGAACCAUCGCCAAUGAUGCCGAUCAGUGCCUUUACCAGAGACCCAUGGUGGUACCCGAGCUACGCUCCUUAUAUCCCGAGCUAUGCUCAAAGAUCCACGCCGUUCUAUCUGAGAGACAGUUACCUCAGUCCUGUAAAGCGUUGCUACCUAUGGAGCCGACAUCCAAUCAGGCCUUUCGGAUCGUUAUACUACUAUUAUUCGAAGCCAGUUCCACGAUUUCACUUUACCAGCCCGUGGUACAAUAAACGUACCACAUAUUAAGAAACAAACUCACGCCUACUGAUGACUGUGUCGCCCCGCAUGGAACGCGUGAUACGAAAAGAAGCGAUGAAAAAAAGCCAAAUAAAACCACGAAAAAAGAAAGAAAAAAAAAA